GGUGUCUGUCUUUCGUCGAAGGCUUUGCUUGCUUUCCCUCGCCCUUGCUGCACUGUGGCAGACUGGAGACCUUUGUGGCCUCUUUCUGGCCCUGCGUAGGUUGAUUACACGAACGCUUUUGCAAGCCGAGCUGUUGUUUAAGAAAGUCAGAUUCGCAGGCGUUCAACAAAGCACGCAAUGGCGUCAGCAUUGGCGGUCCAAGCUGGAGUUGGCACACCCUGCAAGCUGGGAGCCACCUCCGCAAGCAAUGGCACUGCGUGUCAGUCCUCUCCUAGGGUCGCAUCUUUCUCUAGCAGCUCCCUCUUGGGGUCCCCUCUCUACUCCAGUUCACUUUCUAUCAGGGGCCGCGGUCUUAAUCUUCGCGUGUCUGGGGUCCGGAACAGUACAGCGCUAUCCCAUAAGAGCGUCACUGCACAGUUAGAGGACAACAGGUCCCUUCCAGAUAAUAUCAUUCUUCCGGAGUUAGAAACUUCACUAACAGUCAAGGACCCUGAGAUUAGGAGCAGAGGGUUUCCCGUCGGGGCCUAUGUAGCUGGGAUUGUCAUUGCUGCGGCGUGCUCGCUCGCAAUGCCGAAAGCUGCGCACGCAAAGGAGGGGCUGGCGUCAGCCCCACCUGCAACCUCGACACAAAAGUCAUCUUCGAAGGUUCAGAUCCCGAAGAAGCGCCCCGGGGUGCAGCGGCAUCGCCUCGAUCCCGAUUCGGUGCGGACGGUCCCCCUGCCCAACCGUGACGGAUCUCUUCCCACUACUGACGAGAGGGCAGCCAAGAUUGAGGCUCGCAAGCAGCAGGUGGCGGAGUACAAGAGGCGCGUGCUGCGCGAGGAGGCUGCGAUCAAGUCGAAGCUGGCGGAGGACCCGCGCGACGAGAAGGGGCUGCAGCGCCUGGUGGACGUGCAGCUCAUGAAGAACGACUACGACGCAGUCAAGGACACGCUGCGCAAGAUGAUCGACUACUUCCCGGACGACUACCGCUACAGCCUCAUGCUCACAGAGGUCGCGUCAGGAACGCGCAACCUGGACGAGGCGCUUGAGGUGGCUAAGACCGCCAGCGACAAGUUCCCCCGGGUACCUGAGAUGGUCCAGACGUACGCGAUGAUGCUGCUGGCGUCGGACAACCCGGACGGCGCGCUGACGUACGCGCGUGGCAAGGUGGAGGAGGCGGAGCGCACGGAGGCGGGCGAGGAGAACGGCAAGGAGUUCAGCGUCGGGAUGAAGCUGCUGCUGGGCCAGAUCCUCUCCGCCGUCGGCGACUUCGACGGCGCGCACGCGCACUUUGCGGAUAUGAUUGCGGCGGACCCGGCCGACUUCCGGCCGCGCGUGAGCAAGGGCCUGCUGUUCCAGCUCAAGGGCGACACCGCCGCCGCGGAGGAGCAGUUCGCCAAAGUGAUGGAGCUGCUGCCGCCCGACUUCCCCGAGCGCGAGGCCGUCGUCGCCAUGAUCGAAACCGCGCGUCAACAGAAAUUCCCGGACGCCGAUGAGGACGAGGAGCAGGGGGAGGGUGCGGCAGAGGAGAAGCAGAUCGAACGGGAGAACACUCAGAAGCAAGAGAGCCCAAAAGCGGAGAACUCCAAUCAAGAUCAAAGUAAAGGAAAGAAGAAGGGCUGGAAACUGUGGUAGCUGAUCAGGCCGGCAUCCUUUGACUACUGCGGAUUUUCGGUUUGUAAUGCAUGACCAAUAGAAAACGGAGGCUUGCGUAGGUAAAGUACCGACUUGGUAGUUAUCAAGGGAAUAAGAUGGCUAUGACGAUCUGGACAUAAGUGACGGGCA